UUCUGUUCUUCUUUCCUUUCCUUUUUUUUUUUUCCUACUCUAUAGAUACAUUUUCUUUCUAUUCCAGAUGAUGGCUGAAUCUACCUCUCUACAUUCAAUGUCUUCUAAUGAAAAUAAAAACGACCAAACGAUUUUAACAAAAGAAGUUAAUGCUUCUUCACCUAAAGGAGAGGACACAACAUCACCACAGCAACAACAACAAGAACAAGAACAACAGUUGCCUAUAUCACCUCAUCAACAAGCUAUUAAUACACUCCAAGAAGCCUUUCCUUCAGUAGAACUACAAGUCAUUGAAGCCAUUUUUGAAAGUCAACACAAUAAUCUGGAUGCUACUUUUGAUAUCUUGUUGGGGAUGUCUGAUCCUUCCUAUAAGUCCUCAGCACCAACUAUCACAAAUGACGACGACCGACUUGCUCAGGAACAACAGGAAAAGGAUGACGAACUUUUGGCUAGACAAUUGGCUCAAGAAUAUGACCAACAGCAACAACGUCAACAACGACAGCAGCCGCGUUCCGAAAAUGAAUCCACUUUUAGUAGUAUACAAGAGGAACUACCUGUUAUUAAAGAACGUGUCAUUGAAGCUGGCAAUGUGGCCAAGAAGAAAAUUAUGGAUUUUUACAAUUCAUUUAUGGAUCAAAGCUCAAGUAACAAUAACGCUAACAAUUCUCAACAGCCAUAUCAACAGCAGCAAUAUCAAGAAAAGAAAUCGUUAUCGGACGAUAUGAGGGGUUUACGUUUAUCUACAUCACCAUCUCAAUAUUUGGUACAGACUUCUACUAGCGAUCAACAAAUGGAGGAUGAUGCAGCGUUUGCCCGAAGGCUAGCAAUGGAAGAUGCUCAUUUGGAAAGACUAGCUGCUGCUGCCGCGGCUCAACGAAAACAGAAAUCCUCUCCUAUUGAUGAUCAACAAAGGAAUCAAGAAACUAAUCAAGAUAAAAAUGUUGAUACGGACAGUAAAUCAAACGAAAAUCAAGUUGGAUAUGUGAUUGACGAAGAUGAAGAUGAUGCCGUCUUGAUGAGUGUGCCACAAGACAAUCCAUCUGUUGAAAAUGGGAAACAACCUGCAUCCAGUGAUCCAAGCAAAUAGUUGUAAUCAUAGAUAGUUUGUUUUUUUUGAAAAUAAAAAGUCUCUCUCUCUUUAAUCUUAUAAAAAGAAUUCAAGUAUAUUCUUCUAAUAAAAUAGCAACUAAAAAGACUCUCC